GUAAUAUCCCGGAAAGCUCUAAAGGUUACAAGGCUACGAAAGCUGUCAUAAGUCGUUCGAUACCGACGGAUCAUGAACAGCUUCAAGGCCAGUUGGUGUAAACACUCUUUACGCAUGGUAUCGUCUUCUACAAGCUCGCAACAAGUUCCAACAAAAUGGCUACAACGAGUUACAGAAGACCAAUCGGAACCACCAAGACUUUAUGCUUGGCGGCUUACAAACUUACUUGAUGGUGCAAAUCCUGAUAGUGCAAAUUACGCCCGUAAAUCCCCCAAGGUGGGAGAAAUACCGAACCUAGACGAUGAGCGCCGCCGCAUAUACAUCCUAGGCAUCGGAAACAUCGGUCGUCUAUAUGCAAGCUUUCUUGCUAAGAAUGAUCCCCGGCCGCCGAUUACCUUAGUCGUCCAUCGGAGGGAACUUUUAGACCAGUGGAAAGCCCAUCCGGGUAUCGAGCUGGUGCGCGACGGUAAGACAGAGUGGAACCCCUCGUUCCGCAUCGAAUGGUGGACCGACACUUACCCAGCGCACGGCUUGGUAAGGGAACCAGGCUCAGGCUACGGUAUCAGCAAUCUAAUCAUAGCCACUAAAGCCCCGGAUGCUAUCCCACAGGUCGACUGCGUGAGACGGUAUCUCGGCGGCAGCUCGACCGUCGCGUUCGCGCAAAACGGCAUGUGUAAGCUCUGGCCGCCGCUGGGAAAAGCAUACGUCGCGGCGCGGUUUGGCAAAGGUAAAGGUCCGCGCUGGCUUGCGUGUGUGACGACCCAUGGCGUGACGUCGCUGGGGCCCUUCCGCAGCGUUCAUGCCUCGCCUGCGGACGUGCGCGUGGGGUCUGUGAUGGUACGCGAAGACGGCUGGGAUGGUAGUGAUAAUGAUGGAGAUAAAGAUGACUACCUGGCUGAGCAGAUCGUCGGUGCGCCGGGGUUAAAUGCGCGGAGAGUCGCGACGCGGGAGUUGUGGGUGGCGCAGCUGGAGAAGCUGGUGGUUAAUGCGGUUAUAAAUCCGCUGACGGCGGUGCUAAUGUGUAAGAAUGGGGAGGUUUUUGAGGAGCGCGGGGAUGGGUUGGGGGGUGUGGUUGAGAUGUUGGUGGAGGAGGCGAGUCGCACGCUGAGAGCGCUAGUAGGACAUCGAAGUAGUGAGAAUAUAUUACUUGCGCAAGAUAAAGAUAGAAAGGGUGGUGUAGCGAUAGGGGCAGCUACGGAAGAGAGUCUCGAAAGAACACGGGAAGGUCUUGUAGAGAGAUUCUCUUCCGCACGGUUACGGACAAUGCUCUAUAGUGUUGGUGAGAAAGUGGCGGCGAACACGAGCUCGAUGCUACAGGACGUGCGAGCCGGUAAGAAGACCGAGAUAGAGGACUUCAACGGCUGGCUUGUGGAGACGGCGCGGUAUCUUGGAGACGAGGGCGGGCUACCUGUUAACCAGAAGUUGAUUUCGUUGGUUGAAGACGGAGCGGUGCGGACGAGAGGUGAGUUGGUUAAAGAGCUUCAAAUUAGUCGGAGCUAGGUUGAAUUGUACAUGUGUACCUGUGUAUAUGAGGUUGUAUAUCAUAACAACAGACAAACUUUCAACAUCUAUCGUCACGAGGUAGGACCAAAUAGCAUGGAGGAAACUUUGUUGUUCCGUAAGGAACUCUGACCUAGGUAACUACAGAAACCUACGACUAUACAUACUGAACAUUUCCUUUGUUCUAGAUAUCUCAUCCAGAGCCCUAGCACCUAUAGCCUAUUUAUACCUAUUAUUAAAUGCUUUACUUUUAC